AAACAGAGUCAUUGACAGUGAAACAUGUAUACUUUUUUGUCUGCUUCUCUGUAACCUUGUUUUACUCUCUACAUUCCUCCAAUUCUGUCUUUAACUUUCCACGUUCCUCUUCUCUCUUAUGUGGGGUUCUAACACUUUCUCAGAUGCCUUCAAUUGUACUCUCAUCUAUUCAUGUUAAAAACUCUGUUUUUCACCUCUCUGCAAAUUUCUGUUUUUUCCUCAAAUAUCACUAUUUUUGGUGACCCUUUUGUUAAUUCUUUCCAAAAGUUUGAAAAUUUAGUUCUUUUGAAGCUACCCAUUUGAAAAAAAUGAAGGAUUUUCCAUCUUGUUUUGGUGAAAAUGCAGUUCAAGUAUCAGAUUCAUCAUCUUCAAGUUCAAACUCAAGCAAAACAGCACAGAAUCUUGUAAUUUGUGUUUACCAGUGUUUAAUUAGAGGUAGAUCUUGCUUAAUUACUAUCACAUGGAGUAAAAGUUUAAUGGGUCAAGGUUUUAGUGUUGGAAUUGAUGAUUCUUCAAAUCAGUGUUUAUGUAAAGUUGAUAUAAAACCUUGGGUUUUUUCUAAGAGAAAAGGUUGUAAGAAUCUUGAAGCGGUUGAUGUUUAUUGGGAUCUUUCUUCAGCUAGAUUUGGUGUUGGACCUGAACCAUUGGAAGGUUUUUUUGUAAGUGUAGUUGUUGAUAAACAAAUGAUUCUUCUUCUUGGUGAUUUAAGGAAAGAAGCUUUUAAGAAAUCUAAUGCUGUUCCUUUACCUUUGAAUGCUGUUUUUGUUGCUAAGAAAGAACAUGUUUUUGGUAAGAAGUUUUUUGGUAACAAGGUUGUGUUUUGUGACAAUGGUAAAAUUCAUGAUCUUGUUAUUGAAUGUGAUACUUCAAUUGCAAAGGAUCCUUGUCUUAUAAUUCGAGUCGAUAGUAAAAUUGUGAUGCAGGUGAAGAGAUUGAAGUGGAAGUUUAGAGGAAACCAAACUAUAGUUGUUGAUGGAUUUGAAGUUGAGGUUUAUUGGGAUGUUUAUAAUUGGCUUUUUGGUACAUCUUUUGGAAAUGCUGUUUUUAUGUUUAGAACAUGUUUCUCUCAUGAUAAAAUUUGGGAUGCUCAACCUGUUUCUGAUGCAAAUGUUUUGCAAUGGUCUUUCUCUCAGAGGUUUUCGGAGUCUAAAUUCCGACAAGGUCUUGGUUUUUCGCAUGUUUUGUAUGCUUGGAAGAACGAGUAGAGUUGCCAAAUCCGCGAUCAUGUGUUUGAUACUAACAUAACUUUUAUUGAGUUAUGAUUCAUUUAUCAAGAAUGUGAAAUUGUGAUUGAAAUUACACAUGAUUAAAGAUUAGAGCUUUUGUUUGUAUUGUUUCUUCCUUUAUAUUCAUACCCCCUUAAUUUAUCUGUGUAUUUGAACAAAUGUUAGAAUUUUUCUCCCCCAAUUGGAUGUACAUUUAUCUUCAAGUGUUAAUUUUAUGAUUCAUACUAAAAAAACUAGAUGGUUAAAUGUUUGUUUUA